GUGCUUUAAGAUCAUCUUAUCUAUGGAAAAAUGUCGCAUAUAAGACAUCAUUUUCCAAAUCAUGUCCGGAGGUGUCUUAAGAUAUGGAUUUGCAAGAUUUCGAUGACGAUAUUCCUGAUCUGAUCAUUGAAUUAAUGAUACGUACUCCCAAGCGAUACAUACGAGAUGGACAUAACCCCUUUGAAUUUUAUAAUGAAAUUGAAUUUAAACGUCGCUUUCGAUUUUCUAAAGAAGCUGUAAUGUAUGGGCUUUUACCGAAAGUUGAAGAAGAUUUAAUUAAAAUAAAUAAUCGAGGCCUUCCUAUUGCCCCCGUGAUACAAUUACUUGUGAGCUUACGAUUCUACGCGACUGGAAGCUUUCAGUUAGUAUCAGCAGAUAUAAUAAAAAUAUCACAGCCUAGUAUUUCAAGAAUAAUUUCUCGUGUUUCUGUGUUACUUGCUCGAAAUAUUCCUCAUGUAAUAAAGAUGCCAUCUUCUGUGGAAGAAAUUAAUGAAAACCGUACUUUAUUCCGAAACAUGGGAUAUGGAAACAGAGCUACCGGAUUACCUGGAAUUGAUGGUGCUAUUGAUUGCACUCAUAUUCGAUUAACACACACUAGAUUUCAAGGUAUCGAAGAAAUAUAUAGGAAUCGCAAAGGAUACUUUUCUCUUAAUGUACAGGCUGUCGUUGGGGCACGGAUGGAAUUUCUUGAUAUCGUACCAGAGUGGCCAGGAAGCCAACAUGAUAGCCGUAUUUUUCAGAAUUCUAGACUUUAUAUGCGUUAUACAAGACGAGAAUUAACUGGUAUAUUAGUUGGUGAUAACGGCUAUCCUUGUUUGCCGUUUCUUCUGACGCCUAUUUUAAAUCCAGAAACCGAUGAACAAAUCGCGUAUAAUAUCAUCCAUCGAAAAACUAGACUAAUUGUAGAGAGAACAUUUGGAGUUUGGAAACGGCGAUUUCCUUGCUUAGCACGAGGACUUACGACAAAACUGAUUUGUAGUACAACAAUUGUUGUAGCAUGUGCAGUUUUGCAUAAUCUUUCACUUAUUUAUGAUAAUAAACUGCCAGACGAUGAAGAGAAUGAAAUGUAUGAUAAUAACGAUAAUGGAGAGAAUAAUGAAAAUUAUGCAGAAUGGCAACCAGCAGAUGGAUUUAUAAUGAGGAAUGCUAUCAUAGAACGUUUAUUUCAUUAA